GAUGACAGCCAGAUGAUUGAAGAGGUACAAACAGACAAAAUAGUAAGCCUGGAAAGAAAACAUGCAGAAGCAAUUAAGAGGCUAUGGGAGGAUCCAGGCAUCCAAAAGUGCUACCACCGACGGAGAGAAUACCAAUUGUCAGACUCAGCUAAAUAUUUCCUUUCAGAUUUAGAACGUAUUGCUGUGCCGUCAUAUGUGCCAAAUGAGCAAGAUGUCCUCAGAGUGAGAAUACCAACAACUGGAAUAAUUGAAUAUCCUUUUGUGCUACAAAAGGUUCCAUUUCGAAUAGUAGAUGUUGGUGGACAAAGAUCAGAAAGAAGGAAAUGGAUUCACUGCUUUGAAAAUGUGACCUCAAUUAUAUUUUUAGUUGCACUGAGUGAAUAUGACCAAGUCCUGGCAGAAUCCCAUAAUGAGAAUCGUUUGGAAGAAAGCAUGGCCUUAUUCAAAACAGUAAUUACCUAUCCUUGGUUUCAGAAGUCUUCAAUCAUCUUGUUUUUAAACAAAAAAGAUAUUUUAGAAGAGAAAAUUAUGCAUUCUCAUUUAAUUAACUAUUUUCCACAAUUCCAAGGACCAAAAAAAGAUGUCAAAGCUGCUGGAGACUUCAUUCUGCAGUUAUAUAAGGAUCAGAAUUCAGACAAAGACAUCUAUGCCCACUUUACGUGUGCCACGGACACCGAGAACAUUCGAUUUGUGUUUGCAGCUGUUAAAGAGACCAUCCUUAAGUCGAAUCUAGAGGAAUUCAACCUGGCAUGAAUAAAAGGGAAUCGGCUACAUACACUGCAAUUUUAUUUAUUACUUACGAAAGAUUCUGUGUAAUAGAUUUUUAAACAAUUGUUUGUGUCCUUGCUGAACAUGGAAGGGAACUUCAAAUAAGUUUAGAAGUUUUUAAGGAAUAGAUUUUGAAUAUUCUGCUUUUAAUUUUUUGGAGGGGAUUUGUGAGCAUUUUGGUCAUAAUCACAGAGAUCCUUUUGCCUUUCAUAAUUUAUAAUAGAUGUGCAUUUAAACCUAGCGAGGCCACAAUAAUGAGUUUGAGACUAAUUGUUCUCUUAUUAUUCAGCAGAAAGAGGGGUACUUAGUUUUGAGCAAUUAUUUAUUAAAUCUGUUUUUAAUGGUGUCUUUCUCCUUGUAGUGAACAAUCAGCCUUAACAGGUGGCAGCAGUUGGUUGCUGUUUUUUUAGGCUCAAAAAAACAAAAACAAAGUAGCCUCAAGCUUAAUUAUUACUUGGGUGUGAAUUAUAUAAUCCUCUCAAGAUAGAUUAAAAAAAAGUUGGAACUGGUGUGAUGAAGGGACUAAUAGAGUCUUCUUCACAUGCUGUUCCUGUGAAAUUUGCAUGAAGUUACCAUGAACUGAGCGUCAUCAGAGUAUUUAUUUUACUUGCAAUUAAACGAUGGAUACUAAAGAGGCUGUUUGCAUAUCUUCUCAUUUAAUGACAGGCAGCUACAACUGACAGGUGCUUUUAUGAAAAACCUUGAUGCUUUAAUAUUAUUUGAAUUAAUAUCAAUAGGUUAACAAGCCAAAAGCAGUUGUUUGAGGGACCCUCUAUUCCCAAUUACAUUUAUCUGUCAGGAGGGAUGCAUUAUGGGGCCAAUCUGCUAAGAAGUUACACCUGAGGGGAACCAAAAUAUCAGUCUUUUCUGCUGUGGUUCCUGCCCUCUGGAGCCCAAGUCAGGCUGGCCUUUUCCUAUUCCAGCUUUCUGAAAACCCUGUAAUAAAAUAUGGUUUUUCCAACAAUCUUGAGGAACCCAUAGGGAGUCUGCGAAAUGGCCUCACUCUACUUAGAAUAUUGAUAUUCUCCCACAAUCUUUGUUUCUAUUUGUGUUUAAUUUUUUAAAUGAUUGUUAUAUUUGUUUUUAAUCAUUUGUUGACUGUAUGGUGCUCAGUGACAUGAGUAGCUAUACAAAUUUGCUAAAUAAACUGGCUUUCUAUGAUCAACUAAUCCUUGUUUAGAACUUGAAUAAUGCUUUGAUUUUCCAUUCGAUCCCUUUUAAGAAAAAUGUUUUACCUAUUCAAAAUCUUUUAUAGCUCACUUACUUUACAGCAGCCUACAGUUGGAUCAAUAAAAGCAAUCCUUAUUUUUAAGCUUCACAAUCUCAGUCACUCAAUACAAAGAGAAUGAGGCAGGAAAGAGAGAUAAAAUAUUUGGGCAGCAAUCAGAGGCGGUUCAAGGAAAGGCAGGUGAGCUGCUUCAAUUGGUAUGGCAUCU